AUGAAGACCUCACUAGCAUCAAUCCUACUCCUGGCCGUGCAAAUGGCCUGGGCCACGCGCAUCCUAACUCCCGACGCGAUCGAGGCCGACAUCCAAGAGAGAGAACUUCAAAAUGUUAUCUGGCACCUAAACCACAUCGCCGAAAAGAAUGGCGGCAACCGCGCCUUCGGCGAGCCCGGCUAUGCCGCCUCAAUGGACUUCAUCCUUGAGCGGGCACGCAUCCGUUUCGCGGACAAGUUUGACACCUUCGUCCAGCCAUUCAACCACACUUACGACAAGACGAAUGCGAUCAAGGUCACUGGCCCUGAUGGGGAAGAUGUGUACGUCGUUAGUCCGCAGUAUAACCCUGCUACGCCGCUACCGGGGGGGAUUACCGCGGGGUUGGUGGAUACACCGGUCGAUGAUGCCAGGGGCAGCAUGUGCUUAGAGGAUCAUUGGGCGGGUGUGGAGGUGAAGGGGAAGUUGGCGCUGGUGAAGAGGGGCGUUUGCGCGGUGGCGGAUAAGUUAAGGUGGGCUAAGAAGAAAGGGGCGUUGGGUGUUAUUCUGUAUAACCAGGACCCCGGCACUGGCUACUCUGUCCCGACUCUGAGCGCUGACAGUAUUGGCGAGACUGUGCCAGUCGGCAUUAUCCCCCUCGACGUUGCACAGUCCUGGCAAGCCCGUCUGGCCGCCGGCGAGGAAGUCGUGGUCAACUUGCUGGUCGACUCGAUCAUCGAGGAGCGCGAGUCGUGGAACAUUAUCGUCGAGACCAAGAAGGGCGAUCCGAACAAGGUUGUUAUGCUUGGUGCUCACCUAGAUGGCGUCCAAGCCGGCCCCGGCAUCAACGACAACGGUAGCGGAAGCGCUGGCCUGCUCGAGAUCCUGACGGCAGUUGCCCACUACGACGUCUUCAAGCACAAGAUCCGUUUUGCCUGGUGGGGUGCCGAAGAGAAUGGCCUCGUAGGCUCACUCUACUACACGUCCAAGCUGAGCGAGGAAGAGGUCAACCGCAUCAAGUACUAUUUCAACUACGACAUGAUCGGCUCACCGGACCCGGUGUACGGCAUUGGUGUGGAUGAGAACAGCGGCAUUGGCGGCGAUUUGCUGGUGGAUUACCUUGUGUCGAAGGGCAAGAGCGCGUAUAAAGGCGGCAUGGGUGGCGGCUCUGACCACGUCGGCUUCGUAAAUCUGGGCAUCCCGACCAUCUUCGGGCACACCGGUCUCGACACGUGCUACCACCAGCACUGCGACAACAUCAACAACAUUGACUUUGAGGCGUUGACGCUGAUGACGAAGGCCGCGGCGCGAGCCAUGGCUCAAUUUGCCAACAGCCUAGAGGGCGUGCCUGAGAGGAAGCUAUUCACACGGAACCCGAACUCGCGCAGCCAGAUAGUGAAGAACUUCAGGAGGUGGGCAGAUGUUGAAAAGGAAGUGAGUAAGGAGAAGCUGUGUGGCCAUACGCACGAGAAGAUCACCGUGUAA